AUGAGUGCAGCUAAAGUGAAGCGUGUAGUUGGAAAGUAUGAGUUGGGAAGGACAAUCGGGGAAGGAACAUUCGCCAAAGUAAAGUUUGCAAGAGAUUCUCAAACUGGGGAUCCAGUGGCUAUUAAAAUUCUUGACAGAGAGAAAGUUCUUAAACACAAGAUGUCUGAACAGAUAAGGCGGGAAAUAGCUACGAUGAAGCGAAUAAAGCAUCCACAUGUAGUUCGCUUGUAUGAGGUGAUGGGGAGCAAGACAAAGAUAUACAUUGUUUUGGAAUAUGUGACAGGAGGGGAGCUAUUUGACAGGAUUGUGCACCAUGGACGAAUGAUGGAAGAUGAAGCAAGGAAGUAUUUUCAGCAGCUGAUAAAUGCUGUGGACUAUUGUCAUAGCAGGGGUGUUUACCAUAGAGAUCUGAAGCCAGAAAAUUUGUUGUUAGAUUCAGGUGGGAAUCUCAAAGUUUCUGACUUUGGCUUAAGUGCAAUUUCUCAGCAACAAGUCCAGGGCGAUGGACUUCUUCAUACAACUUGUGGAACUCCAAACUAUGUUGCUCCAGAGGUCCUUAAUGACCUAGGGUAUGAUGGGGCAACAGCAGAUGUGUGGUCGUGUGGUGUUAUUUUAUUUGUAUUGCUCGCAGGUUACUUGCCUUUUGAUGAUUCUAAUCUUAUGAAUCUAUAUAACAAAAUCUCAGUAGCUGAAUUUACCUGCCCCCCUUGGAUGUCUUUUAGUAUGAGGAAAUUUAUUACGCGGAUCUUGGAUCCCAAUCCUAUGACACGUAUAACUAUCCCAGAAAUUCUAGAAGAUGAGUGGUUCAAAGUAGAUUAUAAACCUCCUGUUUUUGAUGAUGAAGAUGAUACUAGCUUAGAUGAUGUAGAUGCAGUUUUCCAGGAUGCAGAAGAACAUCAUGUGACUGAGAAGAGAGAAAAGCCAACUGCCAUGAACGCAUUUGACUUGAUUAACAUGUCAAAAGGGCUAAACCUAGGAAGUCUUUUUGAUACAGAUCAGGUUUUUAAAAGAGAAACAAGAUUUACAUCUCGUAGCCCUGCCAGUGAAAUAAUUAAAAAGAUAGAAGAAGCUGCAAAACCUCUUGGUUUUGAUGUGCACAAGAAAAAUUACAAGAUGAGACUUGAAAAUAUGAAAGCUGGUCGGAAGGGAAACCUCAAUGUCGCUACAGAGGUACUGCAAGUUGCCCCAUCCCUUCAUCUGGUGGAGCUUAGAAAAGCCAAGGGAGAUACCCUGGAAUUUCACAAGUUCUAUAAAAAGCUUUCUAGCUCAUUAGAGGACGUAGUUUGGAAAACAGAAGAAGACAUGCAAAAAUCGGACUAGAAGUGAAAAUACUAUCGUGCUUAAGCCUGGCCAAGAUCACUAUCUAUUGUCAUUAUGAUUAUCGUUGAGACGUCGACACUUCUUCUAGUAGCUCCUCCUCCUUGUGUUGAAUAAUUUUGGCAGUUUAGCAUGGUUGAGUUCGACAUGUUCUGAAUACUGUAUCAGGUACUAGUGAAUUAAACCAUUGUACAGUUUGUAUGACUCAGCCUUGACAUACAUGUAUUGUCGGGGUUGACACCAUGUCAGUGUGUCAUUGUAUCAACAAGCAGAAUAAAUAAAAUUAUUGCUUCCUCCAUUGUCUUUCAAAUGACCUGUUCUUAUACUGUAUUAAUGUAAUCUACUUUGACUA